AAGGACCAGACAUAGAGCCAACACCCAAAGUCGCCAUGGACUUACAGCAAGUUUUACUCCGGAACCAGAACACGUAGCCUUGGUACUAACCAUGGCUCUUCAAUCCCCGUUCCGUAGAGCACUCAAACAAAUCGCCAUUCCCGUAACCGACAAGCCCCUUAGAUCACCAUCCAUGGAUCAUCACCUCCACCCAUCGCGCUACUGCUCACAGCAAAGCCAAUGGAAACGAGGGACUAACGCAGUUUUACUCCUUGCAAGGCCCAGGGGUUCUGAUCCAACGCCUCAAUCUCGAAUAAUGGCCUGGGGGGUUUCACAGCUGGAAGCGAGCUAAUCGUUCCUUUUUCUCUUAAAUAAUAAAGUCUGUCUUACCCUUCUUCUCGCACAAGGCUCUUCUUUUUCGUUUCCAGUCAUUCAUUCGUUCGUCCGUUCCAUUCGCUUUUUACACUCGUUAUCGCUGCGCGCUACCUUCAUUCCCGGGGCGCGUCCUUUCGUUCCAUUUUAUAUUUUAUUAAAUCCGUCGUAUUUCGUACAAUGGCACCUGAAUCCUCUACCCAGACGGACCCUGCUCCAGCAGCUUCUCCUGCUGUUCCUCCCAACGCGCAACAUGCCCCCCAGACGUACGCCCAGCAGCAACAUCAGCCUGGUUUCCAGCAAGACCCGCGCAGCUAUGGACCCCCUUACGCGCCGUACCCGCAACAGCCUGCUCAGCAGCAAUGGACGCCCCCUCGGGUCGCCGAGUCCAAGGCCUGGAUGAUCACCAAGCUCACACUCCACGUGAUCGAUAUCGUUUGCUGUAUUGUUGGACUUGGUCUUACGGGCGCGCUCAGAAGUACUGAGACACUGGGUCUGGUCGCGCUCGGCGCUUGUCCACUUUUCGUCGUCGCAAUGAUCUGGGAUAUUGCCGAAUUGGCCACUCGCUUCGGUCGGAAAUGGAAGGCCGGCAUUCACCCUGGCGCCCAUGUCGCCAUCUCCCUUUUCAUCUGGCUAGGUGCCGCUAUCGUAGGCGGUCUCGAGAGCACAUUCAGCGCAUACUAUAGCGAAUUCGAUUACCUUGACGAAGACUGCGAAUACAAUUCUGCGCGAGGACGUUACAUUUGCACAAGCAGCGACAAGGUUAGCAGCAAACGCACGCUUUUUAUUGCACUGUCAGUGUUUACCUGCCUCAUCUGGCUCUGGCACUUCAUCCUAUUCGUCGGCGCGUGUAUCGAUACUCAGAAGCGAAACGCCGCAAUGAGACGACCUGUUACAAUGGUGUUCGGAGGACCGGCUUACUGGGGCCCCGGAGCACAAGGUUUCCAGCCAGUGCCUCAGUAUUACGGAACCCCCCAAGGGCAGAAUAUUCCCAUGCAGAACUGGGCACCACCACAAAUGGAAAUUGGCAAGGAACCUAUGGCAGCAACUCAGCCUGCAGCAGACCGCUACGCUUGAGAAGCUGGAGGAUAACUGAUUAGAUCUGAGAAAAUGGGAAGAAUAAUGUAAAACAUGUAAAAUGAUGCCGAGAUAAAUAAAUAAAAGAUAAAGACUCUUUCUUUCCCUAGAGCAUCCUUGUACCAUAAGUGGAUAGAAGGCUGUCAAAUCCUGUGC